AUGGCGUUUGCCAAAAUGCACAAAUUAAAUGGUGGCGUUUGUUUGUGUAUUUUCCUGUGCUUUUUGGUCGUGGUCGACUGUACACGAUACGACGUUCAAUGCGGAAACAGUCUCAACUGUUCUGAGAACGAACUGAUGAAGUACUUUGACUACUUGGAAGAUCGGUCUGAAGUACCGAUAGUGAGGGAUUUCGUAACGCUGGAGAGAAUUGCCAACGUUAACGACGAUGGGCGUGCUGAAGACGACAUCGUAGACAGAAGUAUCAAAUUCUUGAGAAAUCACCAACUUAAAAUCAAAUUGCCGAAUGACGAGGCUAGAGGACACUUUGUAGCAGAAAAUCGAAGCAAGAAAUUGAAGCGCCUCAUAUUGCCAUUGCUCCUGCUACUCAAACUCAAAGCGGCAAUAAUCAUACCCAUAAUCCUCUCCGUGGUGGCACUAGUGUCAUUUAAAGGUGUGGGUCUAAGUCUCGCCGCCUUGGUACUAUCUGCAGCUACCGCAUUGAAAGGUUUUCUUGAGGGCUUCCAUCCUCAUCGGAAAUUCUCGUAUGAGGUUUUGUCACCAGUUUCUCAUUGGAGUCGCUCGGUUACGCGGGGCAGCAUGUACGUUUUCAAAAUUCUGGCGACUCUAACGGCGUUAUGCUUGGCCUUUGAAGUUUCGGCCCUAGAACGCUCUUUCUCUAAACCGGCAUUUAAAAAAUACGCUGCCAAAAAAUGCGCGCGUUCUUACACGCCGACUUGCUUGAAGUUGAAGCUCGUUUCGUGGAUCGACAAGAUGGAUGAAACCGAUAAUUAUGACGUGUUCCCUGGAGUGAGUUGGGUGAAGAAAAACACCACCGUAGAUUCCAAUAGGACGAGUAUCGUUACGGCAUUGUCUAGAGAAUUUCCGAACAACCCGAAGGCAGUGCUAGACGCGUUUUUGGUGAAAAGGCUAUCGUCCUAUUUAAGGAACCACUCGUUUAAGUUAAAUUUAUCUAAGAAUGGAACGGCAGGGUUCGGGCAAGCUCGUGAGGGUGGUGCGGAUAUAAUGAAAUCGACUUUGGUAGCUCUACUGAUAGGUGGAAUGGCCGUGAUCGCGAAAAAGGCGUUAAUAGCUAGCGUGCUUUCCUUGGUACUGACGACAAUAGCUGGACUUAAGACUUUGUUACACGACGGUCAUAAGGACACAACUUACGAAGUUGUAUCAAAGCCCGUUUACAAGCACGCGCAUGUUUACUCGGAACCUCACGAACAUGGUCACGGGUACGGAGGUUAUGGGAGGAGUCUGGAUCCAUCGAGAUUACCAAUUACUCCACUAGCUUCCGCAUCUGCGUAGCUAUUAAUUUAUUUGUUAAUUUAUUGAUUCCAUUAAAUAUACCUU